GUAGCAGGAAGAGACUCCCACGUGUUAUAUUGUGUAUCCGCACAGGGUUCUGGUGAGGACUUAUUUCUGUUUUAUUUGUUUUUAUUUUAAUCCACAGUUUGACAGACCGCAGCUCAUUUUAAAGAUGGCGGAUGUUUCCUUCGCAGUGAAGAGAGGAGCUGCAGAACUUCCCUAGAAAAAUGUCUGUUUAAGGGUUCUUUAGGGUUCUUUAGGGUUCUUUGGACUGGGUCCGGCUCGAGCACCAACACCUGCAGGUGAUCCCUGAACACCUGGUCCUCGUGUCAGUUGGGUUGUUCCGCUGACGUCACAUAUCUUGGUCUAAAGGAAACAAUACGUAGAUGACGUCAUCAGCAGAGCAGCAGCUGUGUCUGAACAUCUGCAGUGUUCCUUCAUCAUCAUCAUCAUCAUCAUCAUCAUCAUCACUGCCCUGCAGCAGGAAAUGGACGAAACACAAGAAAUGGACCUCAAAGAAGCAGAAACCAGAGAGGAAGAAGAACAAGAGCUUCAUCUCUCCAGAGGAAGAGGAGGAGGAUGAAGAGGCUCACCUCCAGGCCCCGCCCCCUGAGCUGACCCACGGAACACCACAGAAGAAGAAGAGGGGGAAGGAGGAAGUGAAAGAAGGAGGAAGUGGAGGCAUCAGGACUUCCUCUCUGUUCAGGAACAACCCAGAGAUCCCAGAGAUCCUCAGACCAGCCGUCGCCCAGCUGAAGGAGAAGGUUUUCACCUCUGACCUCUUCGCAGACCUCCACCUGCACCCCCACCUGGUAGCGACGCUCAACAAGGUUCUGAACAUCUCCAGACUGACCAGCGUUCAGCAGCAGACCAUCCCGGCUCUCCUGUCCGGACGGGACGCAGUGGUCCGGUCCCAGACAGGUUCAGGAAAGACGCUGUCCUACGCCGUCCCGCUGGUCCAGUGCCUGCAGGCCUCCGAGCCAAAGGUCAGCAGGUCGGACGGCCCGCUGGCGCUCGUCGUGGUUCCGACCCGGGAGCUCGCCCUUCAGACUUACAACACCUUCCAGAAGCUGCUCAAGCCGUUCACCUGGAUCGUUCCUGGCAUUCUGAUGGGAGGAGAGAAGAAGAAAGCAGAGAAGGCCAGGAUCCGUAAGGGGAUGAACGUGGUGGUGUCGACGCCGGGCCGGCUGGCCGAUCACGUCCAGAACACGCUCAGCUUGGCGCUCGGCGCAGUGCGCUGGCUGGUUCUGGACGAGGCAGACAGGAUCCUCGACCUGGGUUUCGACCGGGAGCUGACAGUGAUCCUGAAUGGGCUGAACAGAACCGGGCCGACCCGGCAGACCGUGCUGCUGUCGGCCACGCUGAGCCCAGGUGUGACGCGCCUGGCGGACGUCUGCUUGCGUGAUCCAAUCGGAAUCAGCGUUUCUGGCCACGCCCCCUCUGACCCGCCCGGCCAAUCGGAGAGCUUCGCUGUUCCCGAGGCGCUGCAGCAGUUUGUGGUUCUGGUCCCCAGUAAGGUCCGGCUGGUCUGUCUCGCCGCUUUCAUCCUGGACCAGUGCAAGUUUUCUCACAGCAACAAGAUCAUCGUUUUCAUGUCGAGCUGCGAAGCCGUCGAGUUCCUGCACCUGCUCCUCAGCGCCGUCCUGACCCGGCACGCGGCCAAUCAGGAGCUCGGAUUCCUGCGUCUCCAUGGCAACAUGAAACAGGAGGAACGCUGUCAGGUUUUCCACCAGUUCUCUGCUUCCACCACUGGAGUCCUGCUGUGCACGGACGUAGCCGCCAGAGGGCUGGAUCUUCCUCAAGUUACCUGGAUUGUUCAGUACACUCCUCCCUCGUCAGCUGCUGAGUACGUUCACCGAGUCGGCCGCACGGCUCGGAUCGGAGGAAGAGGAAACAGCCUCCUCUUCCUCACUCCGGCUGAGGCCGCCUUCAUCACAGAGCUGGCCAAUCACAACAUCAGUGUCUCAGAGAUGAAACUGGAGGACAUUCUAUCCUGUCUAAUGAAGGACGAUGCCUUCAAGGGGCGUGGGAAAUACAACAGCCAGACGUCGCCCCAGGCGCUGCAGCAGGACAUCAGGGAGCGCGCCACCGUCCUGCAGACGCAGCUGGAGGACUUUGUUCACUCCGACGCCCGCUGGGUGCAAGCGGCUAAGAAAGCGCUGCAGUCCUUCCUGCGGGCCUACACCACCUACCCCGCCCACCUGAAGCAGGUGUUCCACCUGCGGCGCCUCCACCUGGGUCACGCCGCCAAGAGCUUCGGCCUGAGAGACGCUCCGCACGGCCUGAGCCCUGGCCUUGACCCCGGAGGCCACCGGGGCCACCGGGUCUGGGAAAGCAGCAGGAACCAGAACCAGACCGGGAAACGGGCAGGAAGCCCGAGGAAGAACCAGAACCAGAACCCGGGGUUGAAACGGCUCCGUCCGGGUCACAGGGAAGCGGCUCUAAUCCGGUCAGAGUUCUCCAGCGGCUUGGAGGGAGGCGGGGCCAAGAGGAAGAGGAAGAGGAAGGUCACUGAGGAAGAGGAGGACUGAUGAAAGUGGUUCUGAACAGAACCGUCUUGGCCCGAAUCCCCAGAAUCGCUCUGGUUCUGUCAGGCUGGACCCGGGCCAGCAGACUGGGUUUAUCGUCAGAGUGAGACAUCGUGACACAGAACGUCUUUGAUUGGACAAAUUUUAUUUACAAUCAAAUAAAAAACAGAAAAAGUUUCAGGUUUAUAUUUCA